GUCGCGCUCGUGUUGGUGGUAAGGCUGUUUCCCCGUGCCUGUAAAAGCCACGCGUGAGAAGCCGCGUGGUGACGGGGUUGUGUUUUAAUGCCGUCCAGCUGAUACAAGCCGGACAUCCACCAUUUAAAGCCCGCGAACAGGAGCGCCCUCCACUACUUUGAUCCAGGCGCGGAGAAGGCAUGAAGGGCCACGGCGGCGGGUGGCAGGACGGUCGCCUUAGACAAAGAGUUGAGCAGUAUCUGGGCUCCAGCAGCAGUGAAUAUGUGGAUCUGUCAGCCAUGGCCCUGGACCUUCAGAAACUGUACAGGCGAGUCAUCUGUCCUGGCUCAAAUAAAACACUCGAGCUUGUUCCACAAAGCUGAGAUCUGCACGGCUGGUUCCAGUGAAGAUAUGUGGAGGAUGGACUAUGGCAGAAGAAACAAGACGGCGUUCAGGAUCCAGGUAGAGAAAGUGUAUGAAGCAGUCAUUAAGGAUUCUGGGCUGAAUGAGCUGGAGAGCAAACACCUGGCUAAGAGAGCCAAGCACAGCCACCGUGACACUGGUGACGAGAGUGGUAGCAGCAGCUCAGAGGAGGCUUCUGACAGUAAUGAGAACAUUCCCACAAACCAAAUGAACAGCUCUCUGUCGUCUCUGUACCGGAAAGGGAACGCUGCUACCAGCAGUCCUCGCAGCACAGCCACUGCUCCGCCUUCGGCUUCAGUGACCCUGGUCUCCAAAGGAGGCUGGUUUAUUGAUAGAGCUCCCGAGAAGAGCAGCACCAUCAUCGACCUUUGUGACGACGACCCGACCAAACAACCAGGCCUCCUCGCCUGUCACAAACAGACUGACGUGUCCAUUCUGGAGGGGGACAGGUCUCACAAGAAGUCCAAAAAAAGGAGAAAGACUGCUGAAAGAAGUCCUGAAACCACUGAGACACACACGCUCAACAAGAAAGCAAAGUCGCCCGAGCUGCACUACCCCACUUUGAAGUUUGAAGAUGUUGGAGGAAAUGAAGAGACGUUAGUGGAAGUGUGUAAGCUGCUCAUACACAUGCGACACCCAGAGGUGUACCAGCAGCUGGGAAUGGUUCCUCCGAGGGGCUUUCUGCUGCAUGGACCACCUGGUUGUGGAAAGACCCUGCUGGCCCAGGCUGUGGCUGGGGAGAUGCACCUGCCCAUGUUGAAGGUUUCUGCUCCAGAGCUGGUGUCCGGAGUGUCCGGGGAGUCUGAACAGAAGCUCAGGGAGCUGUUUGACCUCGCUGUGAGUUCAGCUCCGUGUAUCCUCUUCAUAGAUGAGAUAGAUGCCAUCACCCCUAAAAGAGAGGUGGCCUCUAAAGAUAUGGAGAGGAGGAUUGUAGCCCAGCUGCUAACCUGCAUGGAUGAUCUGAAUAGUCUGGCAGUUCCGGCUCAGCUCCUGGUCGUCGGUGCCACCAACAGACCAGACUCCCUGGACCCCGCCCUCCGCAGAGCCGGCCGCUUCGACAGAGAGAUCUGCAUGGGUAUCCCAGAUGAAGCGGCGCGUCUCAGGAUCUUGAGGACGUUAUGUCGAAAGCUGAAGCUGCCAGAGGACUUUGAUUACCAGCAGCUGGCCCGACUCACCCCAGGCUACGUGGGUGCUGACCUCAUGGCUUUGUGCCGCGAAGCUGCCAUGAGUGCUGUAAACAGGGUGCUGCUGGAAACGAGGGGGCCUCCGCACAGCCAAAGCCAGACGUCUGCUAAAGAACCGUUAGCUUUGACAGACGUCACAUCAGAACAACAACAAGCGACCGACGCCAACCCCGUGCCUCAGGAGGAGCCGGGACAGAAUCAUCAGCAGCAGGGGGAGCUGUGGAGCGUGCUGUGCCUGCUGAAGAGCACAGAGACCCUAUCAGAGGAGAAGCUGGCUGGCUUGUCCAUUCUCAUGUCAGAUUUCCAGCUCUCUCUGGCUAGUGUGCAGCCCUCAGCUAAGAGGGAAGGAUUUGCCACAGUGCCUGAUGUCACCUGGGAAGAUGUGGGAGCGCUGCAGGAUGUCCGAGAGGAGCUCACCAUGGCUAUACUGGCUCCAGUGCGUUCUCCAGAGCAGUUCAGAGCUCUGGGGCUGAGCGCUCCGUCUGGGGUGCUGCUGGCUGGACCUCCAGGAUGUGGAAAAACCCUGCUGGCCAAGGCCGUAGCCAACGAGUCAGGCCUCAACUUCAUCUCUGUCAAAGGACCAGAGCUGCUCAACAUGUAUGUGGGAGAGAGCGAGCGGGCUGUCAGACAGGUCUUCCAAAGAGGACGCAACUCUGCUCCUUGUGUGAUCUUCUUUGACGAGAUCGACGCACUGUGUCCACGCCGCUCAGGCCACGAGUCAGGAGCCAGUGUGCGGGUCGUCAACCAGCUGCUUACAGAGAUGGACGGCUUGGAGAGUCGACGGCAGGUCUUCAUCAUGGCUGCCACUAACAGACCAGAUAUCAUCGACCCUGCUGUACUGAGACCAGGCCGUCUGGAUAAAACCUUGUAUGUGGGUCUGCCACCACCAGCAGACCGCCAUACCAUCCUGCAUACAAUCACUAAAGGGGGGACCAGACCUCAGCUGGAGCAGGAUGUCAGCCUUGAAGAGAUUGCACGAGAUAAGCGCUGCGAUGGCUUCAGUGGAGCUGACCUGACUGCAUUGGUGAGGGAGGCGUCUCUUAAUGCCCUGAGGACCUACCUGAAGUCCCAGCCUUCCUCGGCUGCAUCUCCUGGCCACACACAUUCGUCUGGCUCUGCUGCUGACAUCAGAGUGAGCAAGCACAACUUUGAGGAUGCCUUCGGGAAGGUCCGACCGUCUGUGUCCACAAAGGACCAGAGGAUAUAUGAGCAGCUGAGAGAGUCCCUCAGAUGACUGCCAGACCAAGAAGA